AUGACGCAGUUCACUGAAUUGAAUUCAUCUAGUUUUAAUUUAAAUGAAAAACAAAGUGUAACCCCAAAUUCACAAUUGAAACUUUGUGUUUGUUGUCUAUCAGGGGAUGUGCUACUUAUCAAACUCGAUAGCUGUAAACAUGCUAGUUUUUUAUUUACUUUAUUUGAAAAUAAGGUGGAUCUUACAAGUGCAUUUGUUUGCUACCAGUGUCACAAUAUUAUAAGAAAAAUAGACAGUUUCAAAUGCCAGGUUGAAGAAUGUUGUGCUGCUUUAAGAGGGAAUUUCAACCAACCAAAGCCUUGGAAAUAUAAAUUAAAAAAUUCUAAAACAGAAAUAAAUUCCACAGUCAACUGCCAACCGAUAGAAUUUGAGUAUAAGGAAAAUUUUGUCUCAUCAGAUAUUGUUUUAGAACAUGUCAUCACGGAAAUAAAGGUAGAACAUGACAGUGAUUUCGAUUGUGACCCUGAUCUGCCUCUAGCUCAAAUAAAACAGGUUAAAGAGCUCAGGAAUGCGGAUGGAAAUCGAAAUAAGAAACAGAAGGUUGAAGUGAAGAAGAGAUCCCUGACGCACGAGAAAUAUGAGGGAAAAAUUAAAACUAUUACAAUAAGUUGGGAGAAAAUGAUGGAGGAACGGAAGACGGAUGCUCUGAGGAAAUCUUACUUAAAUCUACCUUUCAAAUGCGAGAGUUGUAUAGUUGGUUUUGACCAUGAAAAGACCUUGAAAGUGCAUAUUGAACAAAGACAUAGUGAUAAAAAAGGAGCUUUUGUAUGUGACGUGUGCAAAUCGGUAUUAAGCACAGAAACAUCUUACAAGGAACACAGGAAACGGCAUCUGAGACGAUACGAGUGUGAGGUGUGCGGAAAACGGAACAACAAUGUUUACUCAGUUGUGAAACAUUAUAAGGAACAGCAUGGCACCAUAAACACUUUGUUCACUUGCAAGGAGUGCGGCUUCACUACCGAGUCACACCGAGGCUACCGCUACCAUCGCGAUAAGCACAAAGGAAAAGUAGAAUGCACAGAAUGUGGUAAUACUUUUGUACACGCAACAGGACUCCGGGUGCAUAUGUUCACGGUCCACGGCCAAUCGGAUCGCGUGUACUCGUGCGAUGAAUGCGGCAAGCGGUACCGAUCCAAGUCGAGUCUUGCCACACACCGCUCGGUGCACAACACUAGCGCCUCACCGGAAACAUUCUGCGCCCUCUGCAACACCCAGUUCCGCUCGCCGUUAGGCCUGAAACACCACUUGAAGACCCACUCCAAGCACAUACGGGAUUCCGAUAAGAGGUUUAUCUGCGAGUGCGGGACCAAGUUUUUGACAAAGAGUUCCUUGAAGGAGCAUAUCGACUGGGUCCAUUUGAAAAAAGCGAAACAUGAAUGUAAUAAAUGCGAUAAGGUAUUCAAGAAUGGUUCGGCUUUGAAGAAACACAAAAACUACGUGCACGAGAAGAAGAGACCCCCGAGAAAUAAGAUUUGCGAUUACUGCGGUCGCGGAUUUACGACGCUGACGAUACUACGUUCACAUGUGCGAACGCACACUGGAGAGCGUCCACUUCGAUGCUCCCAAUGUUCCGCCGCAUUUGCUCACCCCGCUGCACUAUAUACACACACGAAACUACUACAUAACAAAGACAAAUGA